CGCAGCCGGGAGCCACCCGGUGCGAGCGCGCCGCGCCCGGGACCCCAGCUCAGGGGCCCCGGAGGCCCCAGCCGCGCGCAAACUUUUGCUCCAGUAUCCAGCGCUCUUCCCCGGCACGCGAAGCCCCCAGGCGCCCGCGCAGUCGCCAGGUUCGCCCCGAGAGCGGGUGCCGCGGGUCGAGAUGCUGCUCCGGGACCUGGUGCUGCGCCGCGGCUGCUGCUGGCCCUCACUGCUGCUGCACUGCGCGCUCCACCCGCUCUGGGGCUUCGUGCAGGUGACACAGGGCGAGCCCCAGAAGUCCUGCUCCAAGGUGACUGACAGCUGUCAACACAUCUGCCAGUGCCGGCCCCCUCCCCCGUUGCCCCCGCCACCCCCACCCCCGCCGCCUCCCAGGCUCCUCUCGGCCCCAGCUCCCAGCUCCACCUCGUGCCCCGCGGAGGAGAGCUGGUGGUCCGGGCUGGUGAUCGUCAUCGCCGUAUGCUGUGCCUCCCUGCUGUUCCUCACUGUGCUGGUCAUCAUUUGUUACAAAGCCAUCAAACGGAAACCCCUGAGGAAGGAGGAGAAUGGCACCAGUGUUGCGGAGUACCCCAUGACGUCCUCGCAGAGCAACAAGGGCGUGGACGUGAACAACGCCGUGGUGUGAUGCGGCCCGGACCCGCUGGCCCGAGGGCACCUUGGAGGCACUAGGGGACACGAGCUGACUGCGCUUGUCCAGGACUUCAUUGCCUUGCCCGCCGUGAGCCUCUCAAAGGAGAACGCAUUCUCUUCCAGCCAUGCCCCGGGGCAGGGCAGCGCAGCCCCACGCCGAGCCCCCAGGCUCCCCGCACCUCUCGUCUUGUGUUCCAGCCGCUGUCUCCCAGCCACUGUCUAAAGCACGCGCUCUGUCGAAGGCAGAGGGUC